AUGGAUUCAAUAGCAUUACUUUCAAGAAUUACUUUGGUUAAUGAUAAAUUCACAUUGUAUUUCCAUGAUGGCCAUGUCUUAUCACAUAUUGUUUUAAAUAAAUCCAAUGAAAAAAUAGAUUUUUAUAAUUCAAAGAUUAUAGUUACGUUGCUGUUCAAGAACUUCAAUAUCGACUUGCUAUUAGAUAAACAACCAUUUGAUUACAAUAAUAUCCAUCAUCGAAAAUUAAUCUUUGUGUCAUAUUUAUUCAAAGAUAAUAUUUUACAGGAGUUGUUUCCAUUGAAUUUAACUAUGCUGAAAAAUCUAAUAAAGACAAGAAAUGAAGAUCUGCUUAAUAUCUUCAAAUAUUUAAUAUCAAGUUCUUUGAAUCAAAAUGAUCCAUUUACUCUAGAAAUGAUAAUUGAUGACAUGCCUGAAGAAUUGAUUGAUAUGUUAGGGUCAAUUGAAACUAAUAAACUAGCUCCUACACGAAAAAGACAACUAAGUCAAGAAUUAGAAAAUAAUAUAGAAGAUGAUGAUAUUAAUGAACUUAUUGAAACAUCAUCAGAUAGCGAUAACAAUUCAACUGAUAACUCAGUAUACACUACCCCAAAACAAUAUCAAAGAAAAGUAAGAAAACUUAAUGCAAAUGAAGUAGCAAUUGAAAAUAUGGAACCCCCUAAGACUUUUUUACCAUACCCUCAAAUAAAUACCAAAGAAACUAAAACUGGUAAACUAAUAGCUAUGUUUCCAACAUAUUUUAAUAGUAUGGAAUUAUUGAAAAAUACUAAAAUCCACUUAUUUUUUAUCCCUGAGGAAAUGGAAAAUGAACAUCAAAGAACACUACCUAAUUAUGAAUUAAAACCUAACAUUAAUUGUAUUGAAUUCGUAAUGUCAGUCAAAGAAAUGCAACAAGUAUUCGGCAAAAUUGAGGAUUCAAAAUCAUUAAAAACAAUUGCAUUUAAUAAAGAUUCAAUAAUAGAUUUUCAACUUAUGAAAAUUGCCUACAAAAAUAAUUUAUAUUCUGCAAUUUGGAAAUUAAAAAGAUUUAGAGUUAAUACUAAAAAAAAGGUAAAAAAAACCAAUUCCAGAAAAAAUGCUUCUUUUCUAAAUAAUGUCAUAUCUAAUUUUGUUCCAAGUUCUGAUCCUGAUAAUGCAGCUAAUGUAAAUUCAUAUAAUGGAAAGCCCUCUUCACCACAAUCGGAUCCGAUUUUACAAUUCAGUGGACUAGUUUUAAAACCUGGCGAGACAAAAUAUUUUCAGCUAUAUUGUAUCUUAUUGGCAUGCUCUGAUGAAAGUCACUCAUUUCUUAAGCUGACUGUAACAGAUUUCACAAAGAAUACAAUGAUACAACAAAAAUACUUAAUUGAUAAAUUUUUGAUAGACUACAAUAAUAAGAUUGAUGACAAUGAAGGUAUUAGACUAAUAAUGUAUCCAAAUGUGUUUAAACCAUUUAAUGAGAAAGUGAAGAAAUUGUAUAAUAAGGAAAUCAAAGAUAUGUUUAUCGGAACUUCAAAAAAUUUAUCAGACAAAGGUAUUCUUUGUAAAAUGACCAUUAAAGCAAAUCUAUAUUCAGAUAAAUUGAAUGCAAUUGUAAGGGAAUGUGAACCUAUUCCAGUAGAUGAAUUUACUUCAUUAACUGACCACGAAAAAUUCUACGUAGAAAAAUUAUAUUCUAAUACUUUUCCGAGAAUAACUCAUUAUUCUCAAAGAUUUGUGUUAGAUUAUUAUAAGAUCUGUUUUCCAUUUGAAUGGAAUAAUUUGAAACUUGUAUUGACUUUACCAGUAAAGAAAAAUGUUCCAAUAUUAAAUCCUCAUUUGCUAAACAAUAGAGAACGUUAUGGUAAUAAAAGUAUUGAGUCUGAUUUCGAAGAAGACUCUGAGUCUGAAGACGACUCUGAGUCUGAAUCCCAAGAGGAAAAUGGAGAAGACUGGAAAGAUGAUUUCGACCCUGAAAAUGAUGCAAAUGAAACUGAUUACACUUUGUUUGAUGAUACCUCCUCUGAAAUGCUAAGUUCUCGAUUUACUGAAGAAAAUGAUUUCUAUAAAUUAAAUCAAGUACCGCUAAGUGACAGGCAAAUUUACACUGUCAAAACAGAAAUAGUAAAUGUUGAUUGUAAUAAAUUCUAUUUUGAGUAUUUUUUAAGAUCACAAGAUAACAAAGAUAAUUUUGUUGACCCAAGAAAGACAAUCAAUGCUAUUAUCAAUCCUACAAGAAGAUUAAAAAGGUUCUUCAAUUUAACAGAAGCAGAAUCAAAGCCAGAUAAAAUCUUACAAAGUAUCAACAGUAGAUAUGCAAGUGAUAUAAAAAGAAUUAUUAACCAAAAUUUUACACUGAAAUUGAAUAGAAACUAUAUCUUGCUAUCAAAAAAUGUAAAAUUACUGACCUGGUCUCUAGUAGGUGUUACUAUGGAAGAAUUAAACCCUUUAAAUACAAACAAUACCAUCGAAGUAAAACUUGAAAUAUAG